UCUUUGUUGCAGCUUUUGGUAAAUGUAAGUGGUGAAUUCAUGCCUAAUAAAUCACUUUUUCAACGAAUUAGCAAAUCAACAUGUUCACUGAAAAGCUUGGUAGGCCACUGCGAGAAUCUAAUGUUCCAGAUGACCGGCCCAGCGACCACCGAACUUAAUCAGAGCUCACCGCCGCUGUACAACUUAUCACGAGUGAAUGCGCCGGUGUAUCUUUACUGGAGCGAUAAAGACUGGUUAGCUGACAAACAAGAUAUCAAAGAUGGCCUGGUGGCCAAGAUUCCGUCAAAAUAUUUGAAACAGAACAACGAAUUAGAGAAUUUCAAUCAUUUCGAUUUCAUUUGGGGAACUCAUGCAGCUGACCAGAUUUACAGGCCCAUCGCUCGGAUCAUCCAGGAAGAUCAAACAGCCACAUUUCCUUGUCAGCAAAGAUAUCGCUAA